GGACAUUCGCAGAAUACUGAAAGUCAAAACAGUUAAUUUUACUUAUUUGGCUACAGAACCGCUACUACUCACGAUUCUGUUUUAAUGACAGAAUCCAAUAUUUCAGUGUCUCAGGAUCAGUUCAACUGUCCAGUAUGUCUGGAUCUACUAAAGGAUCCGGUGACUGUUCCCUGUGGACACAGUUACUGUAUGAAAUGUAUCACAAAGUGCUGGAAUCAAGAGGACCAGAAAGGAAUUUACAGCUGCCCUCAGUGCAGACAAACCUUUAGUCCAAGACCUGUUUUAGGUAAAAACACAAUGAUGGCUGAAAUGGUGGAGAAACUAAUAAUGACUAAACUUCCAGCUGCUGGACCUGGAGAUGUGGAGUGCGACGUCUGUAUAAAGAUAAAAUACAAGGCUGUCAAGUCGUGUCUGGUGUGUCUCAACUCUUACUGUCAAAAUCAUCUUGAACAACAUGAGAGUUUGUUUAAAGGCAAGAAGCACAGUCUGAUGGAUGCCAAUGGACGACUUAAGGAGAUGAUCUGCCAUGAACAUAAUAAGCUGCUAGAGGUUUUCUGUCGUACUGACCAAAAGUGCAUUUGUAUGACGUGUAUGAUGGACCAACAUGAAAACCAUGAAACUGUAAAAACUGCAGCAGAGAGAACAGAAAAACAGAAACCAUUGGAACAAACAUUGACAAUGCUCAAGCAGAGGAUAAAUCAGAGAAUGAAAGAGCUUGAAAAGCUGAGAGUGGGUGUGGAGGAUCAUAAGCGCUCUGCAAAGUCAGCAAUGAAAAGCAGUGAGAUGAUGUUUACUGAACUGAUCCGCUCCAUUGAGAGAUGUCGCUCUGAGGUGACACAGCUGAUCAGAGAUGUUGUGUGUCAAGCUGAAGAACACUUUGUGCGACUGGAACAGCAAAUUGAUGAUCUGAGGAGGAAAGAAGCUUCGCUUCAGGAGCUUUUACACACAGAUGAUCACAUCCAUUUUCUACAAAGUUUCCAGUCUCUGUGUGCACCUCCAGAAACUUCAGACUUGCCCAGCCUCACUGUCAGUUCUGUCAUUACCUUUGAUCAUGUUGGAGAAUCUGUCUCUCAGCUAAAAACACAACUUGAGGAUUUAUGUAAAGAGGAGAUUAAAAAGAUUACUCAUAGAGUGAGAGGCACACAAAUAAUUUCCAAGACCAGAGAGGAGUUUUUACAAUAUCCCUGUCAGCUGAAUCUGGAAGACAUAGUGCUUGACGAUGAUGAGAGAGAAAUUGUGGACCUCGAGGAGCCCUUCUGGGAGUCCCUGAUACCCAUUUUGAAAACCCCUGCUCCGUAUGACGAGAACAAAUCCUUGAGACGUUCCUUUAAUCUGGAUGAGGCAGAGGGAAAGAACAAGCCACCUCCUUCUCCACCAACCAGUUUUCCCAAUGUCCCAAUGGGCGGUCCAGGGGCGGGGCGACCUGUGAAUAUCUUCUCCAGGAGAACAGGCCCAGAUGAGCAGGUGAUGGAGGAAAGCGUUCCAGACACUGGUGCAGAAAACACUGAACAGAAGAAUGCCACAGUACCACAGGUUCCUGCUCAGCCACCAGCGCAAGGAGCUCCACCCACAAAAGGCGUGACAUUUCAUAACCCACCCACAGGAGGCAUGACAUUCUAUAACCCACCCAAAGGAGGCAUGUCAUUCUAUAACCUACCCUCAGGAGGCAUGUCAUUCUAUAACCCACCCUCAGGAGGCAUGCCAUUCUAUAACCCACCCUCAGGAGGCGUGCCAUUCUAUAACCCACCCACAGGAGGCGUGGCAUUCUAUAACACCUCCCAGUUUGCACAGUAUGUUCCCGUUAACCGCGGUCAACCCAUUCGGUUGCGACAUCCUCACCCACAGUGAACUAACAAUAUCGCUAGAUCUAAUUGUGGUUCUGUACGAAAUCGGACUAACGUUUAGUUCCUGCUUAGAUUCUGCAAGCCCUGGAAGCACCGGCAUCUCUUGAAAAAUGUUGUCAUGCCAUCAUAAUCAUCGUAAUUGUCGUAAUUGUCACAUCUGUUCUGAACUUUGAGCGAAUGGAUUUGAUCCAAAUAGACUCAUCCUUUGAUUCCCAGACAUCAUGCGGAAGAGCGGAUCUCUAAGGGCUCAGUCACACCAAAAGCGUUUAUGGCAGUUGCAGGCGCCUUUUUUGAAUGAUAUUCUAUGGGCAGGGCGCGUUUGCGCGCUGUUUAUGCGCGCCGAGCGCCUUGCGGUUUUCUGCCGCCUGCCGCGCACGCGUUUUUGAAGGAGCGCUGAGAGCGGAGGAGCGCCUGACGUCAUUCGCGUCUUCCAUUGUCCAAUCGAAUGAGGGGAGAGGCGGGCCUUACGUUGUGGUGAGGGAAGUUUACAGUUGCUUUGAAGAACCGGACUCCACUCGCUCACUCUCUCCUGCGUGUUUGUGCUCCUCUUAUCCUCAAACAAGGUCAGAGCAAGCGCCCUCUUUUUAAAGUUUCUGCUAAUAUGACAGUUAACAGCAAAAGAGCGCUCACGCUUCAAUAUUUGAUUGACAAAACAGCUGACUCGGUGGUUGCU